AUGGCGCUCAUCUCAAAUUCCACCGGGGGAAACCCCCAUCAAACAAGCUGGCGGAUUCGAAAAUUGCCGGAAUGGCACCUCGUCUGCAACGAUAUACUUGCUCGAUUCUUCAAGGAUCAGUCUAGACACACCGGAGGCUGGCCGUGGGGGUUUGUUAUCUAUCGCACAAGCUUCACGGCCACUUCUGAUCAGGACUGGGAUGCCGCAAUCAAGAAGCUUGAUAGAUACAGCUAUUCUAGCAUAGCCAGCUCUGAAGCCCUGGAAGAUUUCCGACCUCAGUUUGAUAUCCCUAAGUUUGUUCGCGAGGGCUAUCGAAAUUUGAUUGUUCAAGAUCCAGAUUUAGAAGGCGCGUCAGUAGCUACCAUUCGCAAGCGACAUAAACAGUGGGUCGAAGCGCGGGGGUACGAUUUUAACCUUGGAACCCCUCGAUUUGACUACUGCAUUAUUCUGGGUGACCGCGCCAUCCGGUCUAUUUUGGCAAGCUCAGAGCCGCCGCCAGAGCGGGGCAGCAAGUCUGGCCUGGUCGGAUAUGUCACCAUAAUCGACUGUGAUUUUGAUGCGAAUGAUCCAGAAAACGACUGUUCUGAGCACUAUGAUGGAUCGGUUAGGCUUCUUCUGCAAGAUAUCUUAUGCUUUUCUCUGCACUGUGAUGGCCUCGAUUCUGGAGAGCAACAAUGGGGAGAGUGGGGGUUGGCACGUCCUGGGAACGUCAUGUAUACAGACGGACAUUGUUCCACGGUCGAGAAGCAAGACGUCUUUCUUUGUCCUUCUGGCUACGAUUGUUACUGGCGUGGCUGCUACCCUCAAUUUGCGACAACAAAAACCGUCACAGAGUCUGAAUACAAGGAGCGCCAGACACUACCGUGA